GUAAACGUCUGACCCGGGGCCGUAGCUUAACUGUUUUGUUGCUGGAAUGGGGCGGGGUUGGGGGUGCGGCCCUGAACCGGAGGGAUUUAGAGACUGGAGACGCUGCCGCUUCUUAGAGAGGUUUGAAACUGUGUGGGAGAAAAUGAUAACCACCCUCCCAUCCCUCCUACCCACCAGCCUUGCCAGUAUCUCCCACCGAGUCACGAAUCUCCUAACUCCCUCUCACACAACCCAGGCCUCUCCAAGCCUGACUUUCCCGGAAACUCCAGUCCGGGUCUUCCUUCCUCCUCCAGCCCAGGCCGGGACCUGGGGGCUCCUGCCGGAUCCAUGGGGGCGGCCAGCUGCGAGGAUGAGGAGCUGGAAUUUAAGCUGGUGUUCGGGGAGGAAAAGGAGGCCCCCCCGCUGGGCGCGGGGGGAUUGGGGGAAGAACUGGACUCAGAGGAUGCCCCGCCAUGCUGCCGUCUGGCCUUGGGAGAGCCCCCUCCCUAUGGCGCUGCACCUAUCGGUAUUCCCCGACCUCCACCCCCUCGGCCUGGCAUGCAUUCACCACCGCCGCGCCCAGCCCCCUCACCUGGUACCUGGGAGAGCCAGCCCGCCCGGUCGGUGAGGCUGGGAGGACCAGGAGGGGGUACUGGGGGUGCUGGGGGUGGCCGUGUUCUCGAGUGUCCCAGCAUCCGCAUCACCUCCAUCUCUCCCACGCCGGAGCCGCCGGCGGCGCUGGAGGACAACCCUGAUACCUGGGGGGACGGCUCUCCUAGAGAUUACCCCCCACCAGAAGGCUUUGGAGGCUACCGAGAGGCAGGGGGCCAGGGUGGGGGGGCCUUCUUCAGCCCAAGCCCUGGCAGCAGCAGCCUGUCCUCCUGGAGCUUCUUCUCCGAUGCCUCUGACGAGGCAGCCCUGUAUGCAGCCUGCGACGAGGUGGAGUCUGAGCUAAAUGAGGCGGCCUCCCGCUUUGGCCUGGGCUCCCCGCUGCCCUCGCCCAGGGCCUCCCCUCGGCCAUGGACCCCCGAAGAUCCCUGGAGCCUGUAUGGUCCAAGCCCCGGAGGCCGAGGGCCAGAGGAUAACUGGCUACUCCUCAGUGCUCCUGGGCCCACCCCAGCCUCCCCCAGGCCUGCCUCUCCAUGUGGCAAGCGGCGCUAUUCCAGCUCGGGAACCCCAUCUUCAGCCUCCCCAGCUCUGUCCCGCCGUGGCAGCCUGGGGGAAGAGGGGUCUGAGCCACCUCCACCACCCCCAUUGCCUCUGGCCCGGGAUCCUGGCUCCCCUGGUCCCUUUGACUAUGUGGGGGCCCCACCAGCUGAGAGCAUCCCUCAGAAGACCCGGCGGACUUCCAGCGAGCAGGCGGUGGCUCUGCCUCGGUCUGAGGAGCCUGCCCCAUGCAAUGGGAAGCUGCCCUUGGGAGCAGAGGAGUCUGUGGCUCCUCCAGGAGGUCCCCGGAAGGAGGUGGCUGGCAUGGACUACCUGGCAGUGCCCUCCCCACUCGCUUGGUCCAAGGCCCGGAUUGGGGGACACAGCCCUAUAUUCAGGACCUCUGCCCUACCCCCACUGGACUGGCCUCUGCCCAGCCAAUAUGAGCAGCUGGAGCUGAGGAUCGAGGUACAGCCAAGAGCCCACCACCGGGCCCACUAUGAGACAGAAGGCAGCCGUGGAGCUGUCAAAGCUGCCCCUGGCGGUCACCCCGUAGUCAAGCUCCUAGGCUACAGUGAGAAGCCACUGACCCUACAGAUGUUCAUCGGCACUGCAGAUGAAAGGAACCUGCGGCCUCAUGCCUUCUAUCAGGUGCACCGUAUCACAGGCAAGAUGGUGGCCACAGCCAGCUAUGAAGCCGUAGUCAGUGGCACCAAGGUGUUGGAGAUGACUCUGCUGCCUGAGAACAACAUGGCGGCCAACAUUGACUGUGCGGGAAUCCUGAAGCUUCGGAAUUCAGACAUUGAGCUUCGGAAGGGUGAGACGGACAUCGGGCGCAAAAAUACACGUGUGCGACUGGUGUUCCGGGUACACGUGCCCCAGGGCGGCGGGAAGGUCGUCUCGGUACAGGCAGCGUCGGUGCCCAUCGAGUGCUCCCAGCGCUCAGCUCAGGAGCUGCCCCAGGUGGAGGCCUACAGCCCUAGUGCCUGCUCUGUGAGAGGAGGUGAGGAACUAGUACUGACUGGCUCGAACUUCCUGCCGGACUCCAAGGUGGUGUUCAUUGAGAGGGGUCCUGAUGGGAAGCUGCAAUGGGAGGAGGAGGCCACAGUGAACCGACUGCAGAGCAACGAGGUGACGCUGACCUUGACUGUCCCUGAGUACAGCAACAAGAGGGUGUCCCGGCCAGUUCAGGUCUACUUUUACGUCUCCAAUGGGCGGAGGAAACGCAGUCCUACCCAAAGUUUCAAGUUUCUGCCUGUGAUCUGCAAAGAGGAGCCCCUACCGGACUCAUCUCUGCGGGGCUUCCCUUCAGCAUCGGCACCCCCCUUUGGCACUGACAUGGACUUCUCACCACCCAGGCCCCCCUACCCCUCCUAUCCCCAUGAAGACCCUGCUUACGAAACUCCUUACCUAUCAGAAGGCUUCGGCUAUGGCAUGCCCCCUCUGUACCCCCAGACGGGGCCCCCACCAUCCUACAGACCGGGCCUGCGGAUGUUCCCUGAGACUAGGGGUACCACAGGUUGUGCCCAACCACCUCCAGUCUCCUUCCUUCCCCGCCCCUUCCCUAGUGACCCCUAUGGAGGGCGGGGCUCCUCUUUUCCCCUGGGGCUGCCAUUCUCUCCUCCAGCCCCCUUUCGGCCUCCUCUUCCUGCAUCCCCACCGCUUGAAGGCCCCUUCCCUUCCCAGAGUGAUGUGCAUCCCCUACCUGCUGAGGGAUACAAUAAGGUAGGGCCAGGCUAUGGCCCUGGGGAGGGGGCUCCGGAGCAGGAGAAAUCCAGGGGUGGCUACAGCAGCGGCUUCCGAGACAGUGUCCCUAUCCAGGGUAUCACGCUGGAGGAAGUGAGUGAGAUCAUUGGCCGAGACCUGAGUGGCUUCCCUGCACCUCCUGGAGAUGAGCCUCCUGCUUGAACCACCUGAACUGUCAUCAAACGGCAACCCCAGCCCCAGCCUCAGCCCUACCCCCUUUUCCUCCUUCCUGGAGUGGUGGCUACAGAAGCUUGGGGCCAAUCCUGGCUCCUCUUUCCCCAGCUUCUGUUUGUCUCACUGUCUUCCCUCCCCUCCCCCAGCUGAGGUGUGGCCCCCAGGCCUGGUGCUGCCUUGGAGGGCUGGGGGAAGUAGCUGUGGAGGAGGGAGGAGGGUGAGACUGAGGCUAGGUGCCAGAAUGGACUGGAGUGAAGGCAUGGCUAGAGUGUGGGCAGGCUGUUGUGCUGGGAAGCUGGGGACACGUUGAUGGUAAUAAACUGCUCAAUGACCAGUG